UAAGAGAGUGCAUAACCUUGAUACUCUUAGUUUGUUGUUUAGUGGUUUGGUGUGACUCCAAAAAAAUGCAGAAAUUAGUUUUAACCCUCAUUUUUACCGCUUUAUCUGCAAAAGCCCAAAAUUCAAGCGAAGGGUCAAUAACCUUAGAAACCACGCCUUAUGACACCACCCCUGCGCCCAAACCAACCCCUGCGCCUCUUACUCAGACAACCACGCCCUCUCCCAAAAUCACCACCAAUCCUUACGACGAAUUGUGUCCCCCACUCACCCCCGACAUGGAUUCUUUAACCCAAGAACAGUUUAUUGCAAAAUUGACAGAUGCGUGUCGAUAUGAUAAACUUAUCAAACCCCCAACUCGUGGCCCUCUUAGAGUUUCGAUGCAGAUUGACCUAACUCACAUAGAGUCGGCUGAUCAACUCCAGUUUAAGGCCCACAUGUUGGUGCAAUACUUGUACAGAGAUGACAGGUUGAGAUAUGCGGAGUUGUCACCAAGAAGGGUCGGUCUUUUAGGCGAGGAGUUGCUCCGGAAUAAAAUAUGGGUGCCCCACAUUAUGAUACGGAACGAAAAGGACACUACCAUCAUGGGAAUCGAUGGGAAAGACGUUUUUAUUUCAAUUAAUCCAAUGGGAGAUGUAGUUUAUUCCUAUCGACUAACAGCAACGUUUUAUUGUUGGAUGAAUUUGCAAAAAUUUCCAUUUGAUUCGCAAGAAUGUCACUUAAAAUGGAACAGUUGGACCUACAACUCUACCAAUUUGAUUCUUCAGUGGGACAAAGACGAUCCUGUUAAAUUAGCCAAAAAUCUGCAUUUGACAGAAUUCGUGUUGAGCGCCACCUGGACUGAAGAAAAUGAAGUACCUGCUUCAUUCAAUAAGGGCGCUUUUGUUGGCAAUUUCAGUCAAUUAAUUUUCCGGUUUAAACUCACCCGUGACGUUGGCUUUUACAUCAUGGACUAUUUCCUACCUUCGAUUCUCCUAGUGGUCAUCUCGUGGGUCACUUUUUGGUUACAAGCAGAUGCAGCACCGCCACGCGUCACUUUGGGCACUUCCACCAUGUUGGCUUUUAUCACCCUAAAUGGGGGAUUAACCAAAACUUUACCCAAAGUGUCAUACAUCAAAGCAAGCGAGAUUUGGUUCUUAGCUUGCGCUUGUUUUAUUUUUUGUUCAAUGGCGGAAUUUGCUUUUGUCAACGUCAUUUGGAGGCGCAAAAAGCAGGUCGAAAUGAAGAAACAGAGUAGCAAACAUAUACUUAAAGGCGCGCUCACCCCGAAUUUGGCAAGGAAACAGUUGAGAAAAGCUGAGUCGAACAAUAGUUUGUAUAAAGCGAGGUCCUGUUCGAGUCUUGAAACGGAAGGAGGGGACAAUGCUAACAAAAAUUCACAAGCGAAUUAUUUAACAGUUCAUAGCUUCCCCAGUAACCUCAAAGUGCCUCAAAUUACGACUCAGAGUCAAGACGAAUUGAUAGAAAGUGAGGACAGCACUUCGGUUAAAAUGCCCGAGAAUAAGGAACCUCAAAGAUGGCACACGAUGACACCUCACGAAGUUGCCAACUGGAUAGACAAAAAGUCCCGAAUUGUAUUCCCUGUCAGUUUCCUCAUUUUUAAUAUUUUUUAUUGGUCUUUUGUGUAUGUUGUAUAAUUUAUUUUCGAAAACUUUAUUUAAUCUACAAAUACA